AUGGUCCUCCAAUCUUUUAUCUUUCGCAGGCAUCUUUACCAGCCAUCUGUCACCCAUUCAGGCGGCAAAGGAGCCCUCAUGCCAGGCCUGGGCGUAGAGAUCCGACGCGCGAACCCGGGAGACGUCGCGGGCGUGAGGGCGUUCUGUGGGACAAUGCAAAAGACAGCGGCGAGGGAGGAAAUUGGCAUCCAUCUGCGCUCGUUCCUCGUUCACCCUUUCUUCGCCAUACUCAUGCUUCUCACUGUCUCCGUCUUGGAGUGGAGAUUUCAGACGCCCCUCGAGAUCACUGCCUGCGCUAGUCUGCUCCUCGUGAGCGCCGAAGAAGGCCUUCGGUUCUGGAUCUUCUGGCGGAGGUUCCGGCACGUGUUCGGGGAGGGGGCCGACCUCAAAGACCUCGGGCUCUUCUACUCCCACCCGCGCAGGUUAUUUCUAGUUGCUGUGAUUAAUAACGAAGUAGCAGGGACCGUUGCCGCGAGGGAAACGGACAGCCUCACUUCUGCUAAAUUAUGGCGGAUGUUUGUCCACCCGAGAUUUCGGAAGAUGGGAUUAGCUUCAAGGCUCAUAUCCGCAUGUCACGAAGAAUGCGCAAGACUAGGCUAUACAAGUGUCGUUCUGCGAACUCAUGUGACAAAUUUCAAAGCAAGAAAGUGUUACGAAAAAGCUGGAUAUGUCUGCACUGGAAAGAAUAAUUUCGCUAGACUUUAUCCUCAUUCAUUUGAUGUUGUGCAUUACUUGUUUAACAUAAGUGACGCAAAUGUAAUAAAUAAUCAGGUAAAUUAGUGCUUUUUUUAGUAAUAUACUUCUCUCGGGUCAUCGCCCGUCUGUAAUUCUGGCACAUGUAUACAUAAUGAUCAUGAGAAAGUAUUCUUUGUAGAAGCAACGGCUGUCACACAAAUGUGUGUUUUCGACUUGUGCUUGAGGUAUUUUGGGAAAAUGUAUUCAGAUAAGGGAGACAGCAUAGUGCACAAUUAUAAAGUACAUGUACAAAGAGUAUAAAAUCAACAAAUAAUAAUCAGUCUAAUUUCAUUAGUCUUAAAAAACCAAUGUACAUUAUAAUUCUAGGCCCGAAAACAAAAAAGACCAGUGUCCUAAAAUUCGGUGUUGAAUUUCAGCAAAAAUAAUUCACGUAACAUUUUUUCUGCUACUAAUCAAACUGUGUUGCAUUCAUCUAAUUCUUUAUAAGACAUAUUUCUACAUAAUGAAAAUAAUGAAAUAUUUUUACAACGAAAAAACAUUUAAUACGUUUUUUUACUGCAGUGUUUCCUAAAUAAACAUUUCAAAAAGUGUAUAUUUUGCUGAUUAAAUGAUAAAUUGAAGCAUUUACUGCUGUUGAUUUAUAAAUCAUUCUUCCUAAUUUGAAUUCUAAGGUUUUUCCAUAAUUUUAUGACAAAGAUAAAAAUAAAUUAACUUUAUUUGUGACAAUGAUUCUGUAAUCCAUUCACGUCGUUUUUUUCUGUAACUGUAAAAUCUAUUACUUGUACUGAAAAUGGUCUACUAACUUAAGGAAAAUAUAGAAUAGUAAAAGCGGCCAACCUGCAGCUUUCUGUUGCUAUCUACUCAAAAUGCAGCCAUUUGUCGCAGUUUGUCACGCGGUGAUUUAUGAUUUUCAGUGAAUUCGAUUUCGAAACAAUGCUUUUGUAGCGUCCCUAAUGCAUUGGUGGCAUUAGCCUUUGUAACACACACAGCCAAAAUUGUCCAGUUCGGUGAUAGGUUUCUCUCAAAAUUGGCAUUUUUGGCCAUUAAGGGAGUUAAGGGAGAAGAGAGCAUUAUGAUAAAGUAUUGUGGCGAAAACGGCAAAAAAUGAGUCAACGAUUGUACAGACAAGGGGAUGAAGAAAAUGAAAAGGAAAGGAGAAGAAAAGACCAUGCAAUACUAGUUGAGGUGAGGGCUGAGGCCCAAGGAUGGGGUGAUCCCCUACACUGGGCCUCAGUUCCCAUCUCCGAAGGCCCCACGAUAACAACGCGGUGGGGGGGAUAGAUGUAGUGUUCGUAGUGCUGUCAUUUAUGCUAUACGGUUGAUUGUCUUAUUUUAUUUUCAGUUCAUGAUGUUUACGACUUUGGUAAAUGAUAAACAAAAGUAUUAUUGGCUUUAGAACAAGAUAAUGAUGUAAAAUGUAGUUGCUUCAGUUCGCAUCUAAUUCACAGACGUUUUUCAGGGCGGCUAUAUAAGCAUCCUUAACUGCAAUUUAUAUAAUUUUGGCAAAAAAGCUAAUUACCAAAGCUAAUUAUGUUGAUGAUCUGAAAGAGCUGCAGAUUAUUACUAGUAACUGGUAUCUUGUUCGUGCUCAGGGUGGGACAACAGCAACCUAUGUAUAUAUA